AUGCUGGUGAAGGCCUUGAGUGCGUGCCCAGGAAGCCUCCUCGAGUUUGAGACCGAUGCGGCUAUCGGGGGUCAGGAUCCCUUUGGGUUCCUGGCGGACUCUUUGCCCCAGCUGCGGAUGCUGCGGGCCAGGUAUAUGUUUGGGAAGACUGGCAACCUGGCAGGGCUGAAGCGGCUGGUGCACCUGAAGAAGAAGCAGUGCAAGCUGCCAAAGGAGAACCACAGACUCUCCGGUCGUCCGGCCGUGGACACACAGAGGGGCAUCGUCUACUGGGGCAUCACAUCGGAGCACCACGAUGAUAACUACAGUGGAGAGGGCCUGUGGUGGGACGAGCUGGAGAACACCUGCGAGUGCAUGGAGGAGUGGGGUGUGGGCAAGGGUGUGACCAAGGAGCAUUGCCUGGAGUUCAUGGAAGAGUGCGGCAUUGAGCUGGACCAUCAUCUGAACGACGAAGACUGCGGCAUGGACUCGUCUCUCGCCAAUGAUGUGGACUCGGACCAGGACACAAUUGUCGUGCAGCUGGAGGUGGAGAACUCCGACAACUCCACUGCGGUCAUCAGGGCACGCACGAUGGAUGGUCGGCAGUUUGCGCAGGUGACGGUGGACACAGGCAAGAUGCUGACGCGGUUUCCCUGCUCACCCCUGGCACUGCGCCUCGUGUUGCACAAUGGCACCUGUAUUGAUGUGCUGGAGAAGGGCACCCAGCCACUCGCCGCAGUGCUGGCUUGA